AGUCCUUGUAAACGAGCUCGAUUAACCUGUCAUUUAAAUCUAGGUUGAUUUUUUCUCUUCAUCUUUCAGCAGCGAAAUUUGCAAAUUUCUGGUCUUACUGCAAUGAUAGACUUUUAUUUACCUCUUUUGUAAUAUUUAAAGUUUCAUGGACCUGUAAAACAAUACUAUUGGCGUGAUUCAGCUGUUAAUUUGGCGAUAUUUUACAAAAACACAUUCGUGCUUGACUCAGAGGAAAUAGAAUGAAUAGAGAAAGAAGGUCGUUUACUCCCAGAAUCGGAUGAGUAACUUUAUUUUACGAAAAGAGUUUUGCUUAAAAACUAAUUACAAAUCGAUAUUUCAUCGGAGUUGGUUUAAAAUUAUUUACAAAUUGAUAAUUCAAUAUGGAGAUGCGACAAUGUCGUAAAGGUGAUAUUGUGUGUCAUACUAUAAAUUUCAUAAAAAUGAACUUUUGUAAUUACUGUCGUCGAAAAACUUAUGCACAAGCUUCAAUGGACAUAGCCCUUUUGGUGGUAAAUGCAGCACAUUUGACUAAAGUAUUGAGAGGUAAUCCGCAUGAUAAUUUACGAAUGAUCAAAAUCAGCCUCAUAUCAGUUUCUAUAGUAUUAGAAGUUCUAAUUGCCAUUUUGCUGUUUCUUAAGGAACGUUAUGAUCUUAACGAUGAGAAGCAAAAUAAGGUUAUGGAUUAUAUGAAUGAUAUCAUCAUAUAUAUUAUUUUUGCUUCAGUACUUGUGCAUAUUUUUGUAUCAGUAUUUGUGGAAGACCACGCUCCUCAACACUAUAGGUAUAUAUUCAAUAAAACUGAGUGUGGGGCUACCUAAUUUAACGAAAAAAAAAACAUAUUGGUUUAAAAAUAAACUAUAAGAUUUUUUUUUUGUGUCUUGCGACAUGCGAAAUUCUUGGAAAAUUUGUAAUAAAUGUGCAAUAAAAAUGUGUAUUUUUUCUAUAUAGAAGAAA